GGCGGCGCACGGGAGGGAGGGAAACCCCCAAAAGGCGAGGCGCCUCCUCGCUCCCCGCCCCCGCGGCCGAAAAACUCAAACGCCGCCCCAAAAUCACGCUGCCGCCUCCUCGCCUCCCUUAAAAAUCAAACAUCCCUGCUGCCCCUUCCCCAUCUCCCGCCGCCCCAUUCUUCCCCACCGCCGCCGCCAGCACUACUCGGCAUUGCCAGAUUGCCUACCACCCCCAGCCGAUCCGACCGGCUGUUUUCCGGCCAUGCCUUCCGCCGUGGUCGUCCGGCGCGCGCGCUCCCGCUCCUCGCCGGGACGCUUCGACUCAACGCGCCGCACGCGUCCGCGGCUGGAUGAGGCUGCGCCGCGCACCGACAAGGAAGCGGACACAUCGUCCGCCCUCCCCGACGACAUGCUGCUCGAGGUCUUCAACCGCCUGCCGCCGCCUACAGGCAUCCUCCGCUGCGCGGCGGUGAGCCGGCGCUGGCGGCGCGUGGCCUCCCGCGCGGGCGCCGCCGCCCUCCCGGCCCCGCCGCGCCACUUCGGCUUCUUCCGCAACCACGGCCCGUCCGCGCUGCCCCCAUUCGUCCCCACGGCCGGCGUCGCCCUCGACCUCCGCUUCCUCCCGGUCGCCCCCACCUGCGGCGCCAUCCUCGUCGACACCCGCGGCCGCCGCCUCCUCCUGCGCGAGCUCGGCGCCGGGUCCGCCACCAGCCUCAAGCUCCUCGUCUGCGACCCGCUCCACAAAACCUUCGCGCGCCUGCCGCCGCUGCCCUCCGUCGGCCACAAGGUGUCCUGCUGCACCCUCAUCCCAGGCGAAGGCCCCCACUUCCGCGUCGUCGUCGUGCUCUUCGGCGUCACCGCGCCCAACUUCUACGUCCUCAUCUACUCCUCGUCCUCCUCCGCCUGGGAGGCCGCCACGGGCGCGCUCAAGCGGCUCCUCGUCCCGCACCAAGGCCCGUCCGUCGUGGUCGGCGACACCGUCUACCGCCUGCAGUGCGACGACAAGUACAUCAUGGCCGUCAACACCACCAAGAUGACGCUCGCCGCGCUGCCGCUGCCCAACGCCGGGAUGCUCCUCUACACCGGCAACAACUGGAUCGCCCAGUCGGACGACGGGCGACUCUGCUUCUUCGUCAUCCGGGAGCCGCUCAUUCUGGCGAAAUGGGUGAUGGACGCGCCGGGCAAGUGGACGCCGCAGGAGCCGGUGGCGCUGCGGCCGCUGAUGACCCCGGCCGCGGUCGGGGACCUCCACGGCAUGAAGCUCUCGGCCAAGAUCGCCGACCAGCUUCACGGCUGCAAGCUUGUCAGCUUCGCCGCGUUCUGCCAGGGCACCGGUACUCUCUUCUUCAUCAUGGCUGACACGGUGGUCUCGCUUGACCUCAACACGCUGAAGAUGGAGAGGCUGUGGCUCAACGACGAUGAGUACCGGCCCCUUGGCGAUGUGUUCCCGUUCCAGAUGGUGGCCUGGCCGCCGGUGCUCAAGGAUUUCGUCAAGGCUCCGGCGAUAAGCGAUUAAGUGUUCGGUUGUUUGUUGCUGAUUACUGUAGUGUGUUUUGGUUGUGUCAGUGAGAAGAAAAUGGCAAUGUAGCCCUUUGGAUGUUUUACUUUUGGUUAGGCUUGAAAUAGUGAGAGCAAACAAAUGUUCUAAUACUGAGUUGUACUCUGGAUAUGUUUCAAAUAGUAGUAAAUGGAUUUAUAUCA